AAAAGGACAUAAUCAGUUUCAAUAUCACAGAUACAUGCACCAAUAGGAAGAGUGUAAUGAGGCGCCUAGGAUACAAUUCAUCUGAACAAUUCACCACAAUGCUUGUUUUGAUCACGGAAUCUAUUCUUAAGGAGCUUGAGUAGAGCGGAAAGAAAACAUAAAUAUUCAACCGCCAAACAGAGGGUUUUUUGUGAAAAGAAAAAAAAAAGGUUGGAAGAAUUAUUUUUGAAAUUCGAAUACUUCUGAUCGGAUAAUACCCAUGUGUUUAAGGAUUACAUAAGGGAGUUAUUCCACUUUCACAACUUUUUCCUGCUUGUUAUAAUCGCCUUGUUCAAAGCGAUGGCAGCCAACAGAGCACCUACAUCAACUACAAAUGUUAAAAAAGAUCUGACAUAUUUCUCGGAUGAUCAAGAAUUUGAGACAGACUUGGAGGAUGAUUUUGACGUUGAUAACUCGCGGAAGAGCAAACCUAACAAGACAACUGUGGAGCGAUAUUUUGAUGCCUGUGAAGCCCUCAACACUGUUCCUGUUGCCAAAUUUGUUUGUCAAUCUCCAAAAGGCCAUGUAGAUCUUAAACAUUAUGGAAUACGAGAUAUCGGCGCCCGGGCAAUCGCCAUAGCGCUAGAGCAAGACAUUGUGGUUACAACCCUAUACCUCCAUGACAACGGGAUUGGAGAAGCAGGAGCCGUUGCUCUGUCCAGAAUGCUCAAAGAUAACUGUUUCGUGCAGAACUUUGACAUUUCGGCGAACAAAAUUGGGAGACUAGGCACUAGAGCAAUUGGAGACAUGUUACUGGAGAAUGCUUCGCUUCAGGAAGUAAACUUAAGCGGUUGUGGAAUUCAUGGUAAGGAUAUAAAGCAGUUUUUAAAAGCCUUAUCUGGCAAUCCUUACUUGAAGGGCUUGGAUUUCAGUUAUAAUGAUCUAGGAGACGAGGGCGCCAUUCACUUGGGCCGUGCGCUUUCCAAAAAUCAAAAGGUGGAACUUCUUGAUCUCAGCUGGAACAACAUUCGUGUCGCGGGCAUCGAGGCGCUCGCCAAAGGACUGGCGACGAACAAGAAACUAAGACAACUGGAACUUUCCUGGAACUGCUUCUUGGACGAAGGGGCGAAUCAUCUUGGCUCAGCUCUGCUGAAAAACAAUUGUCUUAAAGUACUGGAGGUGCAAAGUUGCGGGAUUCACACUGCUGGGGUUUUCAAGAUCGCCGACGCCCUAAAGAAGAAUCAAAGCCUUGAGGUGUUGAGGAUCGGUAAAAAUCCCUUUCAGAGUUCCGGCGCGGGUUCACUUCUCCGCGGUAUACGAGGCAACCAGACGGGUGCUUUGCGCGAGCUCCUUCUGGACGAUGUGGUGUUUGACAAGGAAUGCGAAAGGGAGCUGGACGCUCUGCUCCAGGAACGACCAAACUUCAACUGUUCUUGGGAUGUCAGUAUCAGGGGAGGAGACGCAAUGAGAGGCAAGAAAAAAAAGCCAGACGCAGUGGAGAUUUUUCUCGCCUUUGUUCGAACACGAGGUCUUCGUCUAAUAGACUUGUUCAGGAUGUUGGCCAAGGAUGGCAACUCAACGACUCUCACCAAAACUGAAUUUAUCACUGGGAUGAAAAAACUCAACGCCCCCCUCAAAGAUCACCAGCUUAGAGCGCUGUUCGACGUCUUGGACGAGAAUCAUGACGACAGCGUGGAGUUUUAUGAGUUCCUUAGCUCCAGGGGUCACUAUUUAAAGACAGCGCAAAAAAAAUAAUAGCUUACAUCUCCUGCCUGACUCUACUGCAAAACUCCAGUAAAACCUAGUUUACUGAAGAGGAAAGCCAACUGACUAGCACGUUUCGCAUCAUAUUCUGAGGUCAGCGUUCUAGCUCCGGCGUGAAAUCCAU